AUUACAAGGAACUGCGGUGUCAAAUGACACAAGAGUUGUCACUGAGAUAACAGCAUAUAGAACAACAAGUAUAAGCUCUACUAAACCUGAGGGUGCCACCACUGACACAUCUUACAAUACGGUUAAGACUCUUAGUACAGUGCAUGAUUUCUAUAGCAACAUCACCCACCAAAUGACAAGUAACCCAAUCUUUGGGAAUAUAACUUCAAAUGGAACAACACCCGCCACACAUACCGCUACUUCAGUUGUCAAAAGACCUUCAAAUAAGUUUGGAGCAAAUAUAGUAUUUGCGUUUGACACCUCGUGUAGUACCUCAGAUGAUAUCAAAAAUGGCACAAAGAGAUUCAUCGAGGAAUUUGUCAGAAAGUUUGAUUUAGUACCCAUCUCUGAUAACAAGAGACCACGAGACAUCAAGUUUGGAAUGCUAGCAUUUGAUCAAAUCUCCCGUAAAGUGUUUGGAUUUGGGGAUGGAGAAACGCAAGCUGAUGUUAUCAAUGCUACUAAAAACUUUGAUUAUGCUGCUGUAGGUUGUAAAACAAUCUUCAGUAAAGCUCUUAAAAUGUUAAUUGAAGAUUUCUUCGAAUCUGGUGAGCAGGAUGAUCACAAUUCUAAUGUUUUGAUUCUUUUGACUGAUGGUCGUACGCAUCCAAAGAAAUUCAUAAAAAAGACGAUGACAUCGAUGAAACGACUGCGUACCAAAAGCAAUGCGUAUGUUUUCUUGGUUCAAUUACCUAACAAAGAUGGUAAGACGGCGUUCAAUGACACGAAGGAGCAGGUUAAUGGUCUCGCUGAGCAAGAUAACAUAUUCCAAUACUCAAGUGAUUCUAAGAGUCUAGCAGAAAUUGUAUACGCUCGUCUUAACUUUACAAUGCAAAAUCUCAAACACUAUCCAGGAUCUAACGAGAUAAAUGGAAAUAGUACGAUCCAAUGUGUCCAAGAUGUCCCGCUAGAUGUCCUUAUUAUCCUCGACAAUUCAAAAAGUCUCAAAACAGACCAUCGGACAGUUGUUCGGGAUGCAAUGAAAGCAUUAGUUGAAACAUUCAAUGAUGUCGGAGAUGGUAAUAAAUCUGUGAAAUUUGCACUUUUAACGUACAAUGAUAGAGUUAUGUCUCAGAUGCUGUUUAACGAGACUGCGUCUAGUACAAAAGCGGCAACAUUGGGGAUCAUCGGAAAUGAAUCAAUGACACUUGGCAAACGAAGACGAACGGAUCUCGCACUUGAAUUCGCAAAUAGUGUUGUGUUCACACCAGCUGCGGGUGAUCGACCUGCGGCCUACAAU